AUGCCCGUCGCCUUCAUUGCAGCCUAUGAAAAGGGGUCAAAUGUUGACAAAGAUUAUUAUGUCAACAAGCACAUACCGCUAGUGACUUCAACUUCUCUUGAGAAGUCGCUCAAGGAGCUGGGAGAAGAGAAGAACGCCAGCUUCUUCGAGGAUGCAAAGAAGUUCUCAACCAAGGAGCCCAAAGUGUAUCACAUGGAGAUCCAGGCAACUUCAGGCUCCUAG